AUGGCGACAAUCUCUUCAACAUGGAGUGUCCUUCAUAUGUUUUUUGUUAAUACGGCAAGCAAUCUUCGAGCUAUUGCACUCUAUGAUAAUGUUGCUGAAUCUCCUGAUGAGUUAGAAUUUACAAAAGGUGAUACAGUAGAAGUUAUCGAACGCAAUCUUCCAAAAUUAGAUGGAUGGUGGUUAUGCCAGCGCAGAGGUAGAACUGGAAUUGCUCCUGCCAAUCGUUUGCAACUUGUAACUAAUAGAGUUAUAAAUCGGAAAAUAAGUAGUUCAGCCGAGAGUAAGCUUGGUAUUACACGAUCUACGACUAAAAAUAGCACUAUGGCUGAAAAAACAGGUGCUGAUCGAAAACAUUCAGUUCUCGAUGGUGAUCAUCAGCAACAUACCAGGCUUAAUGCAUCUUUUCAUUCAGCGAAUGAUUAUGAUUAUAUCUCUGAUGAUUACAAUAAGAGUGCUAAUAAAGAUAACCAAAAGAUGAAGAGUAUUGAUUUGCCUGAUUACGAUGUUCCAGUUAGCAACGCUAAUUCUUAUUAUCGUAAAGAUAGUAAGAAUGGAUCCAGUAAUACUGUGAAUAGUAACUGCGCCCAGUCUCGAGAUUUUGCAGAUUAUGAUGAAAUCGAAGAACGGAUUGACUACGAUAUACCAGAGUCAGUGAAGGACAUCAAACAGCCUGAUUACGAUGUACCUACGCUUGCAGACCAUAGAGAGGAUCACAAAUCCGUUGAAGUGUCCGAGCAGCCUUCCUAUGAUAUUCCUGUCUCUUAUAGUGAGGAUGCUCGUAAGGGUAUCGCAACAGGUCUAUACCAUAACAAGAAUGAUGUAGGCCAUAGUGAAUUCCAAUAUGGCUACUCUGAUAUGGACAAUAAUCAAGAUUAUGAUAUUCCUGAAGCUAGGUGUGGAUCUCAGCUGCAUGAAAUUAAUAUUAAGACAAUGGAUAAAUCAAUUAAUCAGCCAGACUACGACACUCCGGACAGUCAUGAAAGCGUUUUAGUUACAGAUUCUAAAGAUUGCAAAAGCGAUGAAGUUGGAAAUGCACAAAUAUUCCAUCAAAAAGAUUAUGAUAUUUCUAGUCGGGAUAGCUUAAAUCAGUGUUCCCAAGCCCCAAAGGAGGAGAAUAAAGUAUUUCAAUCUAAAUCCGCCCUUGCCGUAGCUGCUGGUCCAUCGUCAAAAUUCAGAAAUGAGCAACAAAGUGAAUUACCCGUUGAUACGAUGAUGACUUUUAAAGCUGAAAAUUACAAAUACUCGGCAAUUUAUGCGCGGUCGGAAGACUUCAGUACCAAAAUAUCAAAAUGGAAGCAGCGUAGUAGCUCUUUCAAAGGAAUUGAUUUAAAUAUUUUAGUUGGAUUGACCUAUAUCGAUCAUUUACAAAGGGAAAUUUUCGAUUGCUCAAAAAAUUUAACAGGACAUAAAAAAUUAGGAUGGCAUACAGUAUCUUCUCUGAAAUCGACAAUGAGAAGUAUAAGAAUUCACCUGAAAAAGCUGUAUAUGUAUAUUGUUGAUUUUGUGGACGUCGGCAAGCGAUCCUUAGUCAAUUGUUAUUACUCAAGUGAUGAAGGUAAAGAAGUAGCUCGUGUACUCAAAGAAGGUCUUCACCAACUGGUUGAAAUUAGAAAUACUAUAAGUGAAUCUUACAAGGAGUUAGAUAGCAUUAAUUGGAAGAUUGAAUAUAUUUCUUCACAAUAUUCCGGGACUUUAGAUAGGGUCAUGCUAGUUACCAGUCAGAUGCCCAAAUUAUGCAAUGAUUUUUUUUUAUUAGUAUUAAAAAAUGCAGAUAUAAUAUUCGACAAAAAUAUUAGCGUCGGCUCGGAAAAUUUUGUUGGUAUUGAAGAUCCUAAAUUGGAUUGUGAUACGUACACUGAUACAAUCUUACAGAAGGUAAUUUCAGAUACCGUUAGUGAAAGAACUAGUGCGGUGAAAGAGAGCGAGAGUUUAGGUAAGCCUAGUUACAAGGUUGAUCCCAAUUUAGGUCAAUCCUCAGCUAAAGAAUCCAUAACAACUUUUGUCGAGAAGAAUUCGCCGAAACAUACAGAAAGCAAUAUAGAAGAGAAUACAUCAGAUAAGACCACCGAAGAUCCUGAAUUAAUUACGAUGAUUUUCGAUCAGCACGCAUCAGAAUUUCAGCAAAAAUUUCAGAGUCUUGGCGAAGAAUUUAAAAUUUUAGUGAAGUGCAUUAGAGAACAAGAAGGAGUUAAUGUAAUAUUGGAAGAAAGUAAGAAGAUUAUCGUUGGUGCUCAUUCGCUGAUUUUCGUAGCUGAUUUUUGUAAUGAUCGCAUACCUGAUUGCGAUGUGAAGCAGGAAUUACAAAAUCGCAUUACAAAGUUAGUAGACGCAAUUACUACAUUUGCCUCAGCUGCUAAGAAGGCAUCUGAAAAUUACCCAUCUAAAGAUUCGUUACAAGGAAUCGUCAGAGCUAGUAAAGAUUUGUCAGCGAUAUCUAAGGAGCUAGUUAUAUAUGCAACUAGUCUUAAAACGAAAUAA